AUGGAUGUCGGUCGUUCUGGUCCCGGACCUUUAGACGGGAGUUUGUUGACAUUACAGUCUGUGCACAGGUCUCAGCCACCCCCUGAUUUCAGAUUGAGGACAAACUUUGGGGAGUAUUGGAAGAAAGUUCGAGCCCACAGACCGCAUCAGAUGAUCAUGGAUGCAAUCAGGGAUUUAGGAUUUGAUUGCAUAUUUAGGCUGGGACAGUUCAAGCACGACAGGGGUUUGAUUACAGCCUUUAUCGAGAGAUGGCGUGGAGAGACGCACACCUUCCACCUGCCGUUCGGAGAGGCCACUAUCACUCUUGAGGAUGUUCAUCACAUUCUCGGGUUACCCACUGAGGGUGAUCCACUCAUCCUCCGUGGAGCGAGUACCACCGUGGAGGAAAGGCGCGUGCUAGUACGCGAAUUUCUUGGGCUAUUACCAGAAGCCAAGGACGAUGUUAACCGAGGUGGUUUAAAGAUCAAAUGGCUUGUGGAUAACUUCGGGUCUUGUGAGCGGUUGGAGCAGUUGGAUCCAGAGGAUAUAGGUUAUGGUGUACAGGUUACCUACCAUAUUCGGGCGCACCUACUAUGCGUUAUUGGAUCAUUGUUCCCCCACAGCAGUGGGAACCGCGUGCAGCUUGACCUUCUAUGGUUACUGAGGGACAUGGGCCAGCUGCGUCGGUAUAGCUGGGGUAGUGCUGUUCUUGGCUUCCUAUACCAGAAGCUAUGUUCUUCUAGCCGGGAUAACUGUACUGAUUUCUGUGGCUACGCCACAUUGGUACAGGUGUGGAUUUACGAGCGCUUUCCGUCACUAGCGCCUAGGCACAGGGGUCAACCCUUGUUCGAGUACCCGCUGGCGCUGAGGUGGAAGGCGCCACUUAGGCAUUGUGAGGUGCCGCAUGCGCAGAGCCGCAUGACACAAUAG